AGGCCGCCGCCGCCGCCGCCGCUGCCGCCGCCGUCGCCGCGCAGAGCCGGAGCAGGAGCCACGGCCGAGAGGAGGGAGGAGGUGGAGGAGGAGGUGGAGGAGGCGCCGGACCGGGGGGGAUAGAUUCCCAGAAGUGGGAUAACUGGAUCAGAGGGUGGUUACCCUGUGUAUAAGAGUGUGUGUCUCACUGCACCUUCAAUGGCAUUGAGUAGAUUGUCAGUAUUUAAACAGACCACAUCAUGCGUGAGUACAAGCUAGUGGUCCUUGGUUCAGGAGGCGUGGGGAAGUCUGCUCUGACAGUUCAGUUUGUUCAGGGAAUUUUUGUUGAAAAAUAUGACCCAACGAUAGAAGAUUCUUACAGAAAGCAAGUUGAAGUAGAUUGCCAACAGUGUAUGCUCGAAAUCCUGGACACAGCAGGAACAGAACAAUUUACAGCAAUGAGGGAUUUGUAUAUGAAGAAUGGCCAAGGGUUUGCACUAGUAUAUUCUAUUACAGCUCAGUCCACGUUUAAUGACUUACAGGACCUGAGGGAACAGAUUUUACGGGUUAAGGACACAGAAGAUGUUCCAAUGAUUUUGGUUGGCAAUAAAUGUGACCUGGAAGAUGAACGAGUAGUUGGCAAAGAACAGGGUCAGAACUUAGCAAGACAGUGGUGUAACUGUGCCUUUUUAGAAUCUUCUGCAAAGUCAAAGAUCAACGUUAACGAGAUAUUUUAUGACCUGGUCAGACAGAUAAAUAGAAAAACACCAGUGGAAAAGAAGAAGCCUAAAAAGAAAUCAUGUCUGCUGCUUUAGACCCACAGUAAGCAGCAGCUCUGAGCCAGAUUACAGGAAUGAAGAACUGUUGCCUAAUUGGGAAGUGCCAGCAUUCCAGACUUCAAAAAAUUAAAUCUGAAGAGGCUUCUCCUGUUUUAUAUAUUAUGUGAAGAAUUUAAAUCUUAUAUUGGUUUGCACAAAUUCCCUGGAGAAAAAAAAAAUUGCUCUGUGUAUAUCUCUUGGAAAAUAAGACAAUAGUAUUUCUCCUUUGCAAUAGCAGUUAUAACAGAUGUGAAAAUAAAUAUACUUGACUCUAAUAUGAUUAUACAAAAGAGCAUGGAUGCAUUUCAAAUGUUAGAUAUUGCUACUAUAAUCAGAUGAUUUCAUAUUGACCUUUUUAUCAUGAUUCUUCCCUGUCAAGCACUAAAAGUUGAACCAUUAUACUUUAUAUCUGUAAUGAUAUAGAUUAUGAAAUUUCCCCUCAAACUCAUAGCAGCAGAUAACUUUUUGAGUCAUUGACUUCAUUUUAUAUUUAAAAAUUAUGAAAUAUCAUUCUGUCAUUAUAUUCUAAUUAAAAUUGUUUGUGCAUAAUGCUUUGGAAAAAUGGGUCUUUUAUAGGAAAAAAACUGGGAUAACUGAUUUCUAUGGCUUUCAAAGCUAAAAUAUAUAAUAUACUAAACCAACUCUAAUAUUGCUUCUUGUGUUUUACUGUCAGAUUAAAUUACAGCUUUUAUGGAUGAUUAAAUUUUAGUACAUUUUCA